AUGGAUAAUGAAUUGUUAAAUUUUCUUAAUUGAAAUACAUUAGUGUGUAUAUUAAUUAUCUAAUUGAAACUUAAAAUUAUUUAGAUUUGGGAGUAUCAGUAUUUAAUUUGGCAAAUUUAAUAAUCAUACAUGGUGAGAUAUUACUAACUGAAUAAUCAAAUUAUGAAAUAAUUUUAUUAAUUUUUGUACUUUUUGUGUUAAUUUUUCAAUUAACUACAAAAAAAUUAGGAAUAGUUUGGAUUUUUGUCAAAAUUUCUAUGAUAUCGUAUUUUUGGUAAUUUCUUUAAUUAACUAAAUAAGUAACAUCAGCUCCAUAGAGAAGUAUUGAGAAGAAAAAAUUAGGUACUUAAUUAAUGUUGAAUUUUAUUCUCUUUUAUACUUUUAUUGCAAUUGAAUCUUACUAUAAUUAUUCUGGUUAUAUUUUGAUAGGAGUCUUUGGAUAUUUGGCAUUAGUGUAUAUAAUUAUAGGUAUUUUUAUAUUUAUUUAAUACAUUUGCUAUAAUUCAUCCAUUCCAAAAGAAACAACAAUUUGGGAAGGGUAGUAAUUUGUUGAAAAUUAUACCUUACAUCAUAAAUUACACUAAGAUGCUAAUCAUAUCCUAGUUGGAAGUACAAGAAAGCUUGUUGCAGAUAAUUAAUGCUGUAAGCUUAACUUAUGA